AUGGGUAUGGGUGCUAGUCAAAAGGUGAUCAGCACAUGUGUUUGCUUGGUUUUGAUGGUUUUGACAGAUAUGCUUGAUAUUUUCCAUGAUGCUGGGCUGGGCUGGGCUACUGGUAUCUUGUUUCUAGCGGCUUGUGAGUUUACUCAAGCUAUUGGAAACAACCUAUUUGAUCAAGCUAUUGGGCCACUCAUUCUCUCUCACGCUUACCCAUAUAUUUGGGCUCAAGAAAUGAGCUCAAAUUUUGGUGCUCCCAAGUAG